GCUUUUGUAUAUUUGUCAUAUGGUAUUUAUUUAUAGUCGUGUUGAUUCCAUCUUCAAUGAUUUUGGACAUGUUGUUUCCUGUAUUAGUUUGAGAUACAUCUCUGAUUAGGCAGUUUUUCACAUCUGUAGUAGAGGACUUUUGAGCAUAAGGACGAGGUCACAGGACGAGGUCGAAAAGCAGUGUAGUAAUGCUGCGGUGUUGGUUCGAUUAUCUAAUCUGCCAGACCCCAUUAUUCAUCACAAUUUUUUUUUCCUUCCUUGAGGCUCGAACUGUAGCAGCAUCAAAAUGGUGUAGACAAUUGUCCGUCUCUAGCCCAUUUCUUAAGUUUAUAACAAAUUGUUCAUAUGAUGGUCCCUCAAAUUUUGUGUAAGCAAUUUGGUGAUCGUGUGGAUAGAUUGCUGAGCCAGCGAAAUGGGUUGGCGAUACUUCGUUUUUUACACCACUGGGCUUGCCGGCACAAAGAUAACUGUGAUAUUGAUUUAAAUCUUAUUGAUAAAUGGAUCGGUGUUUCUGUGAAUUGUCAAGUUCAGGAGAUUAACCUUGAGGUUGGGAUAGCUGAAGAAGAUCCAUUCUCCGAGUCGGAGGAAAAUUCUAGCUUAGAUGAACCAUCUUUUGGGUCGGAGGAAAAUUCAGUCUUUUGAGUCGCCUAGGAGGAUGUUUGGUUCCAAGACAUUGAGAAUUCAAGUUAGAUCUCCAAUAUAAGUGUCUUGAAGAGCCCAGUGGAGUGUUUGCUUCUCUUGAGCAUGUCUCUUUGAAUUCUAUGUUAGGUUCUGAUUCUAAAAAUGCUCUAAAAAAGUUAGAUAUCCAAUGCUUAUACUUACCUGUUACAAUUGUUUCAUGCUGAAUUAUAUAGUGUUUACUUAUGUUAGCGAUGCUGCAGCUCAAUUCCUUCUCAAUCACCUUCCUGAUGUGUUUGAUGAUCUCCAGUAAUUGGUCAUUACAGUGAAUGGCUGUCUGAAGGACUACCACUUUCCAGUUUUAGCUUCCAUUCUGACGCGAUCGCCUGAUUUAGAAUCUUUGUCCAAGACUUGCAAUGAAAAUCGAUAUCAACCUGACUGUUCCAGGAAGUUGAAGAAUAAGACAACCCAGUUUUGCAAACAGAGAGAAGGAUUUCGCAACCUAAUCGGUCACCAACGGCAAGAAAUAGAAAUAGAGCUGAAAGGAAAAGGUCAUCAGGUUGGGGUUGUGGAAAACAUGCUUAAGAUUGCCAAAGGGUCGAAGAAGAUGAUCAUCAUUCCUCAAAAGCAAACUUGAAAUCGCUGUCAAAGACUGGUUACAUAAGUCCAGGGCAGCAUCUUUAUUGUUCGAUUUGAAUUUAGUUGAGAAAGAAUUUCACGUUGGAGAAUACAAGAGGACUGAUUUUCGUUGCAAAUUGAUUGCAGUGAAGGAACGUUUUUAUGAAUAAUCUUGAGUUGUAUUUAUUUAGUAUUUCAAAAUAAAAAAAAUAAACUCAAAAAAGAUAAAAUAUGUUCAGUUAAAAAGAUAAAUUUAGAAUAGUACUUCCUUUCUUCUUCCUCAUUUCCGCAGCUGCUAAAAAAACCCAGUCGACCCAACCCUUUCUUUCCUCCUUGAAACCGCAUAAACCAGCCGAUUAUUCCUCAGCAUCCUUAGUGUUUUUUCUCCGAAAACCGCCGUCCCCAACGCGAUUUGUAGCCUCCACCGCCGCGACCACCACUCCUCAGUCGACAAAUCUAGUUGCAGUGAUGAGGCCAACGUUGGAUUGCUUAGAGAUAAUGAGAAGGCCAAGAUACUUUUGUUGUUUUGUUACAAUAGUAUUGCAAUAGGAAGCGACGACAACAGUUCAGACUUCAGACUCCUACAAAUGGUGAACGCCACUAAAGGGUUGUUCAUAUCCUGUGACAUACCUAUGGUACAAUUCAUCAUCAAUUUGAAUGCUUCGCUACCGGCAUUACAGAAGUUCAUUAUUCAUAUUUUGGACAGCUCUCAAAUGUUUGUUCAACCCCAUGUGUCUGAAAUGAUACGAAGUGCAACUGCAGACUUCAGAGAGCAGAAUUCCUACGAGAAGCCUCCUUAAUUAGUCUCUCUUUUCUCUCGUUUAUGGUAUUUGUAUCAUAAACACUCAUUGGACCAUCAUAUCCAUACUUAAGCUCAUCAAUAUUUCUGUUUGCGUUUGUCCUGCAAUGCAAAUCAAAGCCUUCUUGCUAAUGGAACAAAAUAUCCACAGGCAAUAUCCGUUUUAAGUCGGAGUCUACUUGGAAGGGUAUGGAGUUGAAACGUGUUUUCCUGUAUAGCUCCCUAGUAUUCUUGCAAAACAAGAGAGACUACGUGGGGUAUAUUUGCCAUGUUUGCUUUGGAGUCAGGAGUUGAGUUGAGGUUAAAAUUCAAAUUGAAGUGUCCCUCUUUGAUCAGUUUCCUUGUAGCUUUCUUUACCUUGAGAGUUCCGUGAACUAAAUGUAAUACAAGUAUUUUACCCUCUACAAGUAAGGAUUCUUGAAGCCAUUUAAGUAGCAGGUUGUCCUACACGUUUGUUUCAUCUGACCAGGUCGUUGGCACAUCAUGAAAAAAAAUUCUCCCCUCGAUGUA